CGUACAGCGUUGCAGUUUUUGCCUACGACUGGACCCCAAAAGGACUUCAAUACCACUGCACACAAGAAAGCUUUCUUUGCGAGGCAAGGUCCUCGGUGCGGGUCCUUACAAAAUUUCGCAGGAAGUAGGCGAUUUCAGACUCAUGGCGAAACGAAGAGAGAUGAGCAGGCAGCUGCCUGGAGACACCAGAACGCUACUAUGACGACAAACUCUGCCGCCUUGGCGUCGCUGAGCCAUGUGUGCGGCGUGGAGCUACGGUUCGCGGAGCUGGUCCAGCUCAAGUACGUAACGGUAAACGAGCAGAAAAAGAACGCGUCGAUCAAGAAGAAGUGCUAUCUAUCGAGCAAAAAAGCGUUAACGUUAGCGGUUUUGGGGCAUUACAGUCAUGCAUAAAAAAUUUUCGCUACCACGCAUGCUAUGCAACACAAAUUUCGGCAUUGGUUCUCGUGCAUUCCUGCAUGCCAAACUAGCCUUAUCCCGCUUCCCGUGUCCAGUAGCCUGCAGACUUAAUAGUAUUCCGCUAGAUGAAUAAUAGCCCUCAGCGUUUCUCUGUGGAAAAUCGUCGUCGGCGCUUCAGCACAGGCAGGCCCAUCUGCCUGCUAUUUUCAAAGCGCCAGAACGGCAUGGCCACGAUCCGGCACCGGCGCGGCUGGCAGGUUGGCCCUUGCCGCCAUCUUGCAUGCUGGCACUGGCGGGGCCGCGAUCUGGCGGCGGGGGGCGGGCAUGAUCGGGCACCGGCUUGGCCAGGGUCUGGCACCGGCUUAGCCAGGGCCUGAAACCGGCGUGGCCAGGGUCCGGCACCGGCUUGGGCAUGAUCGGGCACCGGCAUGGCCAUGAUCUGGCACCGCCUACCUUCGCCGUGAUUUGGCACCGGCUUGGCGAUGCUCUGACACCGGCAGGCAGGCUUGGCCAUGAUCCAUCCGGCACCGGCUUGGCCAUGAUCUGGCGCAAGGGCUUGGCCUUGCCAUGAUCUGGCAGGCACCGGCUUGGUGGCUGGCCUGGCCAUGAUUUGGCACCGGCUGCGGCUCAGCCACGACCCGGAACCAGCUUGGCUUGGCCAUGACCUGGCACCGGCUUGGGCAUGGGCGAGCACCGGCCUUGCUGUGAUCUGGCACCGGCCGGCCUGGCCAUGAUCUGGCACCGGAAGGCCGGCAGGCUUGGCCGUGUAUGAUCUGGCACCGGCUCGGCUACAACCUGGCACCGGCUUGGCCAUGAUCUGGCGCCGGCUUGUCCACGACCUGGCACUGGCUUGGCCACGACCCGGGGCCGGCUUCGGCGUGAUCUGGCGCCGGCUUGGCCAUGAUCUGCCUGGCACCGCCUUGGCCGCGACCCGGCACCGGCUUGCCUGGCAACGACCUGGAACCGGCGUGGCCAUGAUUUGGCACCGGCUUGGCCAUGAUCUGGCACCGGCUCGCUUGGACGCGACCUGUCUGGCACCGGUUCGGCGAUGAUAUGGCGCCGGCUUGGUAACGACCCACCUGGCACCGGCAUGGCCAUGAUCUGGCAACGGCCUUGCCGCUUCCUGGCACCGGCUUGGGCGUGAUCUGGCAGCGGGCUGGCCAUGUUCCGGCACCGGCGGGCCUGGCCACCAGAAUCACUCGGAACCGGCCUGGCCAUGAUCUGGCGCCGGCGGGCAGGGUGGCAGACGGUGGCAGGCGAGGGCAUGAUCUGGCACCGGUUUGGCCACGGCCUGGCGCCGGCACGCAGGCUUGUUUGGCCUGGCGGUUCGGACCGCGCGCGACCUGGCGCCAGCGACCCGGGCCAUGAUCUGGCACGCACCGGCAGGCUUGGACACGGACGACCUGGCGUCGGCUUGGCCACGCCAUGAUCUGGGUGGCUCAGGCUCGCCCAUGAUCUGGCACCGGCUUUGUCAUGAUCUGCCGGGCACCGGCCGGGGGGGGGGCUUUGCAUGCCCCGAUCUGGCACCGGCCGGCUAGGCUUGGCCGUGUAUGAUCUGGCACGCAUCCAUCGGCAGGCUUGGUUUGGCCAUGAUCUGCCACCGACCGGCCUGGCCACGACCGGGCACCGGCAGGCUUCGCCAGGAAGGAUCUGGCACCGGCUUGGCCACGGCCUUGCAUUGGCUUGGCCAAGAUCUGGCACCGGCUCGGCAAUUAUGAAUGACGUGGCGUUGGCUGGUAGGCUUGGCUGGCAGGCCAUUGGCCCGGCACCGGCUUGGCCAUGACCUGGCACCGGCAGGCUUCGCCACGACCUGGAACCGGCCCCCCCGACCCUGAUCUGGCACCGGCGCGGCCACGACCUGGCUCCGCUGCGGCUUCGCUGCGGCGUUGUUACUUCGAGGCCGCGUUGCUUCGAGGUUUUGUUGCGGCUUCGAGCGGCCUGCGCUGCGGCUUCGAGGCUUCGCUGCGUCUUCGGGGCUUCGCUGCGGCUUCUAGGCUUCGCUGCGGCUUCGAGCCGUCGCUGAGGCUUCGGGGCUUUGCUGCGGCUUCGGGGCGUCGCUGCGGCUUCGAGGCCUCGCUACGGCUUCGAGGCUUCGCCGCGGCUUCGAGACUUCGUUCGCUGCGGCUUCGAGGCUUCUAUCUUCGCUUCUAUCCUCGCCUCGGGGCUCCUUUGCUUCGGGGCGCCUCUCUUCGCUUCGGGGCAUCUCUCUUCGCUUCGCGGCUUCUUUGCUUCGGGGCUUUUAUCUUCGCUUCGGGUCUUGGCCAUGGUUCGGCUUGGCCAUGCUGAAUGGCCCGGCACCGGCUCGCCUCGGCCAUGGUCCGGCACCUUCUCGGCUUGGCCAUGCAUGCUCCGGCACCGGCUCGGCUUGGCCAUGCAUCGUCCGGCACCCACCGGCUCGGCUUGGCCAUGCAUGGUCCGGCACCGGCUCGGCUUGGCCAUGCAUAGUCCGGCUCGGCUCGGCCAUGGUCCGGCACCGGCUUGGCCUUGCCAGGGUCCGGCACGCACCGGCCCGGCCUUGCCAUCCAUGGUCCGGCAUGCACCGGCUCGGUCUGCUCAUGGCCCGGCACCGGCUCGCCUUGCUUGGCCAUGGUCCGGCAGGCACGCACCGGCUCGGCUUGGCCAUGGUCCGGCACCGGCCGGCGCGGCUUCGUCGAGGCUUUACUGCUUCGGGGCCCCGCGGCUUCGGGGCUUCGCGCGUUGUUUCGUACGUUGUUGCGCCGUGGCUUCGUGCGUUCGUUGCUGCUUCGAGGUUUCGUACGUUGCUGCCUCGGGGUUUCGUACGCUGCUGCCCCGAGGCGUCGCGCGCUGCUGCUUCGGGGCCUCGCACGCUGCUGCCUCGAGGUUUCUCACGCUGCUGCCUCGAGGUUUCGCGCGUUGCCGCCUCGAGGUUUCUCACGCUGUUGCCUCGAGGUUUCGCACGUUGCUGACCCGAGGCUUCGCACGCUGCUGCCUCGAGGCUUCAGACGCCGCUUCGAGGCUUCAGGCGCUGCUUCGAGGCCUCAGGCGCUGCUUCGAGGCCUGAGGCGGUGCUUCGGGGCUUUGCUGCUUCGACGCUUCGCUGCUUCGAGGCUUCGCUGUGUGCUUCGAGGCUUCGCCGCGUGCUUCGAGGUUUCGCCGCGUGCUUCGAGGCUUCGCCGCGUGCUUCGAGGCUUCGCCGCGUGCUUCGAGGCUUCGCUGCGUGCUUCGAGGCUUCGCCGCGUGCUUCGAGGCUUCGCUGCGUGCUUCGAGGCUUCGCUGCGUGCUUCGAGGCUUCGCUGCGCGCUUCGAGGCUUCGCGGCGCGCUUCGAGGCUUCGAUCGCUGCGCGCUUCGAGCUUCGCCGCUUCGAGGCUUCGAGGCGUCGCUGCUUCGAGGCGUCGCUGCUUCGCUGCUCCCUUCGAGGCCUCGCCGCUUCGAGGCUUCGCUGCUUCGAGGCCUCGCUGCUUCGAGGCUUCGCUGCUUCGAGGCUUCGCUGCUUCGAGGCUUUGCUGCUUCGAGGCUUCCUUCGAGGCUUCGUUGCUCCCUUCGAGGCUUCGCUGCCCCCUCCGAGGCUUCGCUGCUCCCCUCGCGGCUUCGCUGCUCCCCUCGCGGCUUCGCUGCUCCCUUCGCGGCUUCGCUGCUCCCUUCGAGGCUUCGCUGCUUCCUUCGAGGCUUCGCGGCUUCGCCGCUCUUCGAGGCUUUGCGGCUCUUCGAGGCUUCGCGGCCCUUCGAGGCUUUGCAGCUCUUCGAGGCUUCGCGGCUCUUCGAGGCUUCUUCGUUGCUUCGAGGCUUCGCUGCUUCGGCGUUUCGAGGCCCCUUCGUUUCGAGGCUUCGUCGCUUAGAAGCUUGGGCGCUUUGUCAGCAUUUCGUUGUUGUUGUUUUUCGUUUCUAUUCUUUGUUUUCGUUUUUUGUUUUCAUUCUUUGUUUUCGUUUUUCGUUUUUAUUCUUUGUUUUCGUUUUUUGUUUCCAUUGUUUGUUGUCGUUUCUCGUUUCCAUUCUUUGUUUUUGUUUUUCGUUUCUGUUCUUUGUUUCUAUUGCGGAAUACUAUUAAAUAAUGGGUUUUCUCACCUUUCGCUAGUCAUUGUAGAGAUUCCUUUAACGUUACCACUUUUUGGCAUGAUACUACCUCGGGGUGGGAAAGCACGCCCUGCACUUGAUCCGGAAGGAUCUGUCCGCGGUGCUCCCCGGCGGCCAGCUGUACUACGCGCAUCUGGAGCAGGUGAUCGAGGACUAUUGAGAGGAAAAAUCCCCCCUCCCCAUAUCGAAAAGGUAUGUUUCCAAAAAUUUGUGUUGCGGAUUUGAGGCCACAAAUCACAUCUGUCUUGCAAGAAGGCAAACCCAAAGAAUCCGCCGCCUUAUGGAGGCGAUUUGUGAUGCUGUUGGGCCUACAGCAUAGACGUUUCUCAUGCUAAGCGCCUAGGCCAAAACCUCUCUGCUCAGGCUUGGCAGGAGCCUGCAGUCCUCUACCGCAAGACAAACCGGAUUCGUAUACGCAAAUCCAGCAUCAGAGACUUCCGCUUGAUAUGGGGGGGGGGAUUUUCCCUUGUGAUAAGGACGUAAACACGUUCACGGACUUGUGCAUCGUGUUAAACGAGAAUCGGCCAACGGAAUGGGAUUCCACCCGGAUUUUCUUCCAGACCGGGCACCGCCCAAUUUUGCUGAGCUUUCUGAAGACCACCUGGUGCUCGGACUACAUGUGGCGGUUUGCGUAUGGAAGUGUCAGAAUCGAAAUCGACAAAAUCGAAAAAUUUGUGAUGCGCAAAAUCGAUGCCAGUUGGAGCCUCAGUUUCCAAGUGGCGCAUGACAAAUUUUGGGACCACCAAAAUCCAGUCUGUCAUGCUGUUUGGGCAAAGCAGACUGCUCCUGUCAUGCUACUCUGGCAACACAUUGCAUACCCCUAAGCAGGCUUACAAUCGGUCUCAUUUGCCUGCACCCCAAUACAGGCCUCGCGUGCCCUACAUUUUACGCAUCACAAAUUUUUCGAUAAAGAAAUACUCGCGAUGUUUUCGGGGAUGAAGAAAUACUCGCGAUGUUUUCGCGGUUCUGACCCUAUGCCGUUCCGGAGCCUGUGGAGGCUUGCCUCCUCAGCUAUGCUGGACAAUGGCAAUGUCGGUGCGGUUGUUUUAGCAUCACAAAUUUUUCGACUUUGUCGAUUUCGAUCCUGACACUCCCAUAUUGCGCAGGUGGCCACGUUCCCCCACGUGAAGGCGGAGCUGGCCGAGUGUGCACACAUACCAGUGCUGCUAUGGAAUGAAAAUAUGUCUGGGUCUGGAAGAAUGCAAGAUUUGUCAUGCAUAUUUCUCAUGACCCAUGACGCCUGUAAUGCAUGACCUAGCAUCACAGGUUUUUAGAACCCUUCCUGACGCACCUUCCGCAUGAAAAAUGCUUUGUCCGUGUAGCACAAACUGUGCCCUUCUUGCUGGUCACGCAAUACAAAUUUUUUUGGAGUCCAAAAACAGCAUGACAAGUUGCCACCUUCCAGACCCAGACACUUUUGCAUUUGAUAGCUGCAGAGCGAAAGCAACUCCAACCAGAAGACGCCGGCGCAGCCGCGGCCGAAGGCGAGAGCGGGAAAGGCGUCGAAGAGGCGACAGCUCUUCGUCGCCCCAUUUGCCGGGUUCCACGAGGAGAUGCUCGGGGACUACUUUUUCUACCUCCCGGACUCGUUCACGCACUCCCGUGUGAAUGGGAAUCGCACGACGUACGUCAACGACUUGCAGCGCGUGACCAUCGAGGUUUUUGUGCACCCCAAGGCAAGUCUGAUGGAGAUGGCGUUUCACAACAAGGACCUGCACGUGCGGUGGGUCGCCCUGGACUACAAAAGCUUCCUCACGUCCAGCACGGCAGGCGGCAGCUCUACCAACAUGCGGGGCAGGCACUGGCAAAUCUUCAAGAGCCAGGUGUUCCUGAAAAAAAUGGACCUCUCCGAAGAUAUUGCACAAUUCACCGGCUGGGAGCUGGAGUUGGAGUGUAAAUCCACCGGCGAGUACAUAUCCGCUGUCUUUUUGAGGUACAGAAUGCUGAGUGUUCAUCUGGAUGAAAUUGAUUUCGAAUCAUGUAAGAGGAGUCAGUGGUCUCAGCGGAAAAGUCAAUGAAAUUCUUCGAUGUGUCGUGUUCUGUUCUCGCAGUUGUAAGAAUAAGAAUUGUCUUAUUCUUACAACUGCGAGAACAGAACAAAACUCCUGCCUGGACGACAUGAUCAGGCGGCAAUUCUUACCUCCGCUGCUGGACACCGCCCAGGACGUGGCUAUCAUCCUGCGACACAUGAAACUGACCAACGAGAAGCCGUUCGGACUGAUGGAGCCGCAGGAGAUCCAAACGACGCUGAGCAGCUGGGUGCACAUGGCUGCGAACUCGUUUUCCCCGCUGAUGACCCAGCUGACCAGCGACGCGCUGCUGGAGGAGAGCGAGGCGCAGGUGACCAGUCUGACCGACUUUAUCUACCGGGAUGUGGUGCAGGCGAAGAUGAACGCGCUCUUGUACAGCGAGGAGGCCUUUCACUGGCUGCUGACCCGCUACAAGUUGGCGCCUGGGUACGUGCCCUUCCGCACCGGGGGCCCGGCGGACGAGGGCACGGGGUCGGUGGUGCUCACGCUGGAGGAGGAGGGGAAGCGGUUCUUGAAGGGUGUCUUGAAGGUGCUCAACGACGAGAACGCGCUGAAGAAUCCCGAGGUGCUGCGGGAGAUCGGGGACCACAUCCCAACGGUGCAGGAUCCCUUCUUCGUUGCGCAGGACUUGUACCGCAUGGCGCGGUUCCGCACGGGGGUGGUCUCCGCCGACCAGACUUCUGGUUCCGGCGACGCGCGACGCAACGCGUGGCUGGAGCGGGUCAGCAAGUACUUCUGCUACCAGAUCAACCACUGUUGCGGCGCCCGGUCCGAGAAAUUCAACCUGGCAGUCCUCGUGGAUUCCUGCAUCAACGGCCACCUCCAGGCGGACGCCAGGAGGAAGAUUUUGCGCGUCGUCCUAUCCUGAGUAAAAGUGUCCCCAUACCAGAGUCAAGAUGGGAAAUCUGCUAGACAAAUCAACCAGCUAUGGUUGCCUUGCAUUACAAGUUUGUCCUCGUAGUGUAGUCCUGUUUAGCUAGUUCCGAAGCAUCACAGAUCUAGGAUAUCAUGCUGAUCAUAGCAUCACAAGUUUAAAAUCAAGACUAGGAAAUGGCUCUCAUGAGGCUCCGCGUGAGAAACUUUUUUGGGAUGCAAAUCUGCAUGACAACUCUGGGGUGGGGACGUUUUCACUUAGGAUACGUCCAGUUUCUGCUUCAUCUCCGACCAAGGAACUACGCGAAGCCCUUUUCCGAGUCUAUCCAAGAAAAAAACACCAUCACAAUCACUUUUGCACAGUUUUGCAAUACAAAAAUUUUUGUCAUGCGCAAAACUGCAUCACAGUCAAGAGUUAUAGGCGAUUUCCCUUUGUGUUUUUGCAAUACAAGAAAAAUUUGUUAUGCGAAACAAAUUUCUGAUGCGAAACUUCCCAACUGUGAUUGUGAUGGUGUUUUUUUCUUGGAUAGAGUCCGGCGCGCUGCUAAUGCCGCUCAAAGACAUGGACGCAGUGACAACCUCGUAUAGAUAUACCUACUCUUUGUCUUUUUUGAUAGACCGAGCGGCCUCCGCCUUUGUUAUUUUUAUUUUCUUUUUAGAAAUCCAAUUCUCGGUAGAAGAAGUUAAAGUUCAUCUUGUUUUUGCAUUCGCUAUACGCGGCUUUCUUUUCCUGCUUCAGUCGCUCGAUCUUCCGCGAAUAAACAUCAAUCGUACUUCUUUGUAGGAGCCAAAAUGAAUAUAUUAAAAGUUACAACAGGGACGGCGACGGCAUGGGCAGCAGUAUUCCGCAGGGGUACACGUUCAACCAGACCGUGAUGCAGGUGUUGGUCGAGUCUCUGUUUCUGUACCAGGAAGUCUGCCAGAAGAACGACGCGGACUACGCCGAGCUGCUGAAGAAGAUGCUGUGCCACCGGAUGAUUUCGCUGCAGCUGAAGGCCACCAUCUGUCGGCAGAUCAUCGAUUCGUGCGCGCUCGCUGCGGCCGACGAGCAGCAACCGGGCGAGGGGGGCGGCGGCGGGCUGGCGAUGCCGGAGGCGGGCGGCGGGGACAAGGACGAGGGCGACGACGAGGAGCAGCACCACUCCGCCAACAGCGGCACCUUCCGCAUGACACAGGCCUUUCUUCGGGAAAUCGUUCCGUCGCUGAUCGACAUCAUGAAGGACCCCGACAACACCUUUCUACAGGCCCUGGCCACCGCCGCGUUAGUGAACCUCUCGAACGCGUUUUCUUUCAUCAAGAACAUGCUGAUCUUCGACCUGGACACACAAAACUCGACGUCCGCGGAAGGGGGCGGCGGGCAGGCAAACCAGUCCUCCGUGCUCUUCUUGCUCGAGAACAACCUCUUCCGGCGGAAGGACGACCACGUCGUGGAGUACACGCUCCUGCUGCUGGUGAACCUGACGACCACCGCGAAGCUCCGCGAGGUGAUUCUGAAGCAGCAAACCCUGCUCCCCGAGCUCGUGGACACGCUGCUGACGCACUACGCGACCCCGUUCAGCAGCUACAAGCUGCUGAUCCCGUUGAACGCCAUCCUGGGCCAGCUCGCCAACGACGACGACAUCCGGGCACACAUGCAGGAGGUGUUCGGCAUGAGCAUCUUGGACUGUUGUCUGUUCAUGUUCGACGCCGUGUCGGGGCAGAAACCCUUCGAAACGAGCAACCAGAACCUGCCCCUGGAGGACUUCCAGUUCUCCGCCAAGGUCGUCGCGCCGCUGAAGUCGAAGCUGUACUUCGUCCUGAAGCAGCUGUGCGUGAACUCGUCGAAGAACAAGGCCACCGUCGGGUCCCGGACCCUCGAGGGGCUCUGCCUCGAAUUCCGCCAGAUCUACGAGGUCUACAACGACCUGGAGCUGAACAACACGCCGCUGGGUCGCCUGUGGUCCUCCUCCUCCGCGACGCCCGGCGGCCCGCCCAGUACGUCGACGCUACUGGACAUGUUCAUCAACCUGGCCACCCUGUUGACGCUGUUGGCGAUUCACAAGCGCAAUCUUCGGACCAUGAUCGACUCCUGCGGCCUGCUGGAGUUCUUGAACACCAAGAAGAUCGCCACCCACACGGAAGUCAUCGUUGAGAAGAUCACUAACCUGCGUCUGUCUAUCUCGGCCGGAAUAGACACGGAACCGGGCUAG